GAAAAACUAGAGUGGAGAAAGGCCAAGUGUCUUGCGCGGGCGGGCGACGGAUCGGCAUCGAGCACUCCUCCGAUCCGGCCGCGCUUGCUUGGCAAGCUCGAUCUCCUCCCGUGCGGGUGCGGCCUACCUAGGUGAGGUGAGCGCGGCCAGCAAGCAAAGCGGGCGCGCGCGCGCGACGGAUAUCAUAAUCUUUUGGCCCCGUCGCCGUCGCGGGGGGUGUUGCCCGCCCUCGCACUGGGUCGCCUAUAAAUUCGGGCGGGAGGCCACGCAAAGAUCGUUGGCGGAUGUUUAGCUCCCGGCGGAACAGAGCAAGGCAGCGCGAGUGUGAGCGUGGACUGGACCAUCGUCUGCCUCUUCUGCUUCUUCCUCUACCUACUGCCGCUCUUGAGCAAGUGCCUUGGUCUCUCGAAUAGCACGAACUGCUGACCGGCGAUGGAGAAGCUGGUGUUCUUGCUCUUAUGGGCUGCUGCUCUCAUGGAAGGUUCCAUGGUGAAGUCUCUCCCUUACGAUUCUUCCGCAAGCGUCGAGUGCUUGGUUGAGCCGAUGGAGCCGCACUACGGCGGCGGGGUCAUCGUCAACCCGGACUUCAACGCCGGCCUCCGGGGCUGGUCGGCCUUCGGGUACGGCACCGUCGCCGAGGGCGCGUCGGUGGCCACGGGGAACCGGUACGCCGUGGCGGGCAACCGGACGCGGCCGUACCACAGCGUCAGCCAGAAGGUGUACCUGCAGAACGACACGCACUACACACUGUCAGCGUGGUUGCAGGUGAGCCAUGGUGUCGCCGCCGACGUGUGGGCGGUUGUCAAGACCGCCGAUGACUUUGUUCACGUCGGCGGCGCCGUGGCCAAGCCCGGGUGCUGGUCCAUGCUCAAGGGCGGGUUCACCGCCGCCAACGCCGGACGCGCCGAGAUCUACUUCGAGAGCAACGCGACGGUGGAUAUAUGGGUGGACAGCGUGUCGCUGAAGCCGUUCAGCAAGGAGGAGUGGGCGGCGCACCGGACGGAGUCGACCCGCGCCGUGCGGAGGAAGAUGGUAAGGCUCCAGGCCAAGGACUCCGGCGGGAACCCGCUGCAGGGCGCGGAGGUGUCGGUGGAGAACGUCCGCAGCAGCUUCCCUCUGGGCGCCGCCAUGAGCCGCGAGAUCCUGACCAACCCGGGGUACCAGCAGUGGUUCACGUCCCGGUUCACGGUGACCACCUUCGAGAACGAGAUGAAGUGGUACAGCACGGAGCCGGCGCCGGGGCGGGAGGACUACACGGUGCCGGACGCGAUGCUGGCGCUGGCGAAGCAGCACGGCAUCGGGGUGCGCGGGCACAACGUGUUCUGGGACGACCCCAAGCAGCAGCCGCGGUGGGUGCAGUCGCUGCCGUACCCGGACCUCCUGGCGGCGGCGUCGCGGCGGAUCCGGUCCUUCGUGUCGCGGUAUGCCGGGCAGGUGAUCGCGUGGGACGUGGUGAACGAGAACCUGCACUACUCCUUCUUCGAGCGGCAGUUCGGGUGGGACGCGUCCACGGCCUUCUACGCGGCGGCGCGGCUGCUGGACUCCGGGUCGGCGCUCAUGUUCAUGAACGACUACAACACGCUGGAGCAGCCCGGGGACAUGGCGGCGGCGCCGGGGAGGUACGUGGACCGGCUACGGCAGAUCAUCGCGUCCUACCCGGAGAACGGCGCCGGCAUGGCCAUCGGGCUGGAGGGGCACUUCACCACCCCCAACAUCCCCUACAUGCGCGCCGCGCUCGACUCGCUGUCCCAGAUCGGGCUCCCCGUGUGGCUGACGGAGGUGGACGUGGCCGGCGGGCCGAUGCAGGCGCAGCACCUGGAGGAGGUGCUGCGGGAGGCGUACGCGCACCCGGCGGUGCAGGGGGUCAUCCUCUGGUCCGCGUGGCGGCCGCAGGGGUGCUACGUCAUGUGCCUCACGGACAACAACUUCAAGAACCUGCCGCAGGGGGACGUGGUGGACCGGCUGCUCGCCGAGUGGAGGACGGCGGCGCAGACCGGCACCACCGACGAGCAGGGCUACUUCCAGGCGGAGGUCGCGCACGGCGACUACAAGGUCACCGUCAGCCACCCGUCGCUCAACACCUCCGUCUCGCAGAGCGUCACGGUCGACCUCGGCUCCGGGAACCACUUCUUCAUCCAGGCCUAGAAUCAAAACUUGCUUUGCUAGGGAUGAUGUAGGAAUGUUCCAGGGCAUCAGAGUAGUAACUGUCCAGAAAUCACGGUAGAACACACUAGCUUAGCCAUUCAUGUACACAAAGUUUACACCGUAUAAAAAAGGAGGCCGUACUACUUUA